CGGACUGGAUGCACCAUCUCACGCUCCGGGAAUGGGAUCUUUACUGGGUUCAAAGAAAAACUUCCAGUUCUUUCGAGUUUACGCUCUGCAGAAGCUACUUUUCAAACUGCGGGGAUAGUUGUUACUGCAGGUGCAGGUUGACAGCAACAAAGGGCCACUGGCCAAUGAUCUCCAAGGCGCACCAGAAGUUGUCUGAUUGUCAAGGAAUGAGUACAGCACCAUAAAGUGCUCUCUUCUCAGUUUGAUUGUUCAGAUAUUCCUGCAGUUUUAUACCAAAGUUACUUCAACCGAGGCGCGCGUAAAAAUAUUUGUGCGUAAAGUUGGAGUUUUUGCGGACGGUUCUAGUGGGCAGCUUAUGCAAGAACGUGUAAAAGACCGCAAAUUGGUUAAAUAUUAAAUCUCUGAGAAGUGUUUGUACACUGACAGCCAUGGCAAAAUGGUUCAGAGAUUUUCCCAUUAAUCUGAAGAACGGAAAUGAAAGGGUCCGCUCGGCCUCUGAGUCUGGUUCACAAACUCGACCGAAACCUUCGUUUUCUCGAGAUAGCUUGAAAGGAAAUCAACGUAAGGAUGGAGGAGUGGGGGCUUUGUUAGUAGGGAGAAAUAGGAAAAAUUCGGCCACAGAAUUGGGUCGUAACAACACAGGUUCUGGUGGGACAGUGUGGGAAAGUCUCACAAAUGGAAAAGGUCGCAAGAACUCCAAGAUCGAGACUGGGACAUCAGAUGAGAACCGCCAGGUCAGGACCUCUAGUCUGGCGCAAGCGUACAUCAGCAGGAUGAUCAAAGUGGACAAGCAAGACAAAACCCCCAAACUCAACGGGAUAAGUGAACAGAAGCUGCCUGAGAACGAGAAAGGAAGGUCUGACAUCAAGACAACGCUGAUCAUCCUGGAGGACUACGCAGAUCCUUUUGAUGCUGAGAAAACCAAGGAGCAGAGAGAAGCUGAGAGAGCAGGAGUGAAUGAUGGGUACAUGGAGCCCUAUGAUGCCCAAGUCAUCAUCACAGAGGUUCGUAGACGCGGCUCCAAAGACCUCCUGAAAGUGUGCGUUCUGCUGGACCGAGGCCAUGGAGAGUCGAAGGGAGAAGAGGGCAAGCCCGCGCCUCCGAACAUCUACGACACACCGUAUGAGGGUGAACUGGAGGGUGAUAGUGAGGGGGUGUGGAUCCCUGUCACACGGCCAGAGUCUGACAUCCGCCCUGCUGGAGAGUAUGAACGGCCCUGGGAGUGGAGAAAGGAGGACAUUGUUAGAGCACUGUCAGCUCAGUUUGAGGCAGGGGAUUGUUCUCUCAGUAAAGAGAACGGUUCAACCUCCAGCCGCCAGCAGCAGCAACACACCCUUAGACAGAAGAACUGGAACCACAAAACGCUUGUCUCCUCUCCUCCAUCCUCCUCCUCUUCUCCCUCCUUUCCUUCCUCUCCUAUCCUGAAACUUUCCCCUCUCACAUGCCCAUCUCCCUCUUUCCCCACCCUUAAACUCUCACCCCUCUCACCCUCCUCCAGCCUGAACAAACUCUCCCCUCCAUCUCCUACCUCUCCUGGUGCCCCACUGGAUGGGGAUGCAGCCAAAGUGGACCCCAGUCUGCCCCUGGAGAAGCAGAGCUGGUACCAUGGCAGUGUGAGUCGGCAGCAGGCUGAGGCUCAGCUGCAGCGCUGCAGGGAAGCCAGCUUCCUGGUGAGAGACAGCGAAUCAGGAACCAGCAAGUACUCCAUAGCUCUGAAGACCAGUCAGAGUUGUGUGCACAUCAUUGUGGCCCAGACUAAGAGCAGUAAGGGCUUGGGCUACACACUGGAUCAGAGUAGCUGUGUCUUCUCCAAUAUCCCUGAACUGGUUCACCACUACUGCACACACAGACUGCCUUUCACUGGAGCCGAGCACAUGACCCUGCAGCAUCCUGUGCCCAGGCCACACUGAACAUGCGCAAAGGAAAAACAAACUCACCGGGACACAAGCACACAUGCGCAGGCACAAGCCGAGACAUGUAUGACACAUUUAUGCACAAAUGCGCACAGACACACACAUAAACUUGUUAACACACAUGUAUACAUACAUACUCAAAGAUAUGCUGCUUUAGAUUGACCUGUGCACCAACUUGACAAGUUUUGUAGCUCUUCUGAGCGCCACCUAGUGGUCAAAAUCAGACACUACAACAAACACUGAUCACAUUGUUACAGUGUUGUUUCCAAUCUAAAAUUAACAACAACAAAACACUAAUACACGUGCACACACACACACACACACACACACACAAAGCCACCCUGAAUGUACUUGUAGUUAAAGGAAAACCAUCUCUUCUUCCACAGCCUGGUGUAUUUGCGCCACUGUUUUGUCCAUUGAUUCCACAGACCCACUCUCUAGCAGGCAAUCGCCAUUGAUUUGUGUAAUACUUGCAAUGAUGCACAUGAAGCACUGCACUUGCAAUAACCAAUGUGAUAUUUGAAGUAAGUGGAGAGGCUUAUACGAUAUGAUACCCUUACACCGAAGUGCUGACAUCAUCAAUUAGCACCAUUCCAUCCAGUUGGGUCUUGGGCUGUAGGAUCAAUACACCCAAUCGGAAUAUAUUCAUUCAUCCAUCUGACACGUCAGUCAGGUUAUUGAUCUAUCCUGAAAGUCAGGCUGAUUAUCCAACCGCUCUGUCAAGAGAAAGAGCUUUAAUGAUUAGAUGAUUAGAACUAGUGUAGAGGGAGAGGCCUGACAACAUUACACUAUCCAGUCAGCAAAAUUGUUUUGAGUGUGUGUCAGUGUGCAAGUAAAUAUGUCAAUAUCUGGCCCAAUAAUGUGCCAUCAGUGUACUCUAAAUAUGAGGAAUUUAUGAUUAAAAAGAUAUCUUAUUGUGAAUGAACUCAAAAAUGUACCUGCUGUAUGCAUAAAUGAUGUAUGUAUGAAGUGAUAGUUGGACAUUGUCAGAUUUUUUUACAUCAACCACACAGUGAUGUGGGCUGUAUAUUAUUGUUGUAAAACAUUUAUUCAGUAAAUAAAACAAAAUUCAU